CAACUGAAUUGUAGAUAUCUGUAAUGAUAAACCCCAUACAAAUGAAUGGCAAAAGUGAUGUCAUUUGUCCUAGGAAGAAUGUCUUUGUGGAUAUCUGAAAUGACAAUUAUGGAUAGGAAGAAUGUAGUCGCGGAUAUCUGAAAUGUUCUUUUCGACGAGGCAAAACUGAAAUACAGAUAUCCGCAACGCAUAUCCAGUCUAGCUGUUAAAUGUUAAAACGGCUUGCCAUACUUUUGUGUGUGCUAUGCACUUCAAAGAGGAUGAAGUCCGCGUCCAUCCAGAGUCCGGUCGUAAAUACCUUACACCGCAGGCUGUGCCUUCCAGGUUUUCUUGGAACAAUUGGGGAGAUGUUAAAUCACGCCAGACACGGACGGCAAAAAGAGGUGUCCGUGGUGAGCUGGAGGAAGCAGAUGUUGACUACACACUGCUCCUGCCAGAGGCUUUCGGCUUACGCACCACAAGCUCAUCCACCGGUUCAGGAGUUAUCCCCUGACAAAACAUUUAUAUAUUUUUACUGGAAGAUUGUAACUUUAUUUGCACAUUAGCCACUUUACGUUUAUUUUUAUUUAUUACUGCUGAUUUAUUAUUUAUUACUGCUUAAUUAUUAACUGUUGUUAAAUUAAAUCUGUUUGAAGGAUGAGGAGUUUUCUUUUUUUAUUUUACCUGGGUGCGGGGCCUAUGCCAGGACUGCUGCUUGCUUGUGCAUGCAAGGGCAGCCGGAACAUUCUUGGUGCCUAGCGUACUAAAAUGUGUUGUCUGAUACAGUAAUGCAACCAGAUGGUUGCACAAAUUUCUUCCAGCAGCACAUGAGCAUGUAUAUGCUGUCAGUUCAGGUGGGGUGAUGGUUUCAAGUGUGAUCUGAAGAACGCGAUAGAAAGACUUUUAUUUCACAUCUUUAUUUAACCCUUGUGUGCUGUUCAUUUAGGAAGUACAUUGAACUAUUUAACUGGUAUAAUGUGAUUUUGUAACUAUAUUAUAUUUUGUAACUAAAUUUUAUAUAAUUUAACAUGUAAUAUCAAUCCUUUAUUUUUUUUAGUCUACAAUUGUUAUGGUAGUUUUAGUUGCCUUCAUUUCUUCAUUUUCAUGUUUUUAUUAAAAUAGCAACAUUUUUUAAGUCGAAUUCACUGUAAAGUUUGCUGCCAUCUACUGGGAAAAAAACUUAAAAUAACAUGAAUGAAAUAACAAGCCAUUAGAUUUCACACUAACAAUGACAUAAUUCCUGUUUAUUUACUUAUUUUGUGUGUACAUCUAUAGUAAGUAUGAGCUUUUAAUUUAAUUUUAAAUGCCCAAAACAAUGCACAAGGGUUAAAAUGGCCAUUGCUAUAAUAUAAAAGCUAUGUUAUGUUAAUCGUAACUGCAGGUGGUGCUGUUAUUACUAAACUAUAGCUUCUUUGAUAAGGACACUGAGAUAAGUAAUACAUUAGAAACAAUCUGGUUAUUAGAAAACAUAGCAUUUAUUAUUAAAUCCUGUGUAUUUACCUCAAGCUGAUGUGGUUCCUCUCGCUUUCGUAAGGACCUAUAACACCUGGCCCUAAUAACAAUUUUCCCUGAAAUAAUGUUUGAGACUGAAGUGUCCAAACACACACAUACACAGUUAACAAGGUUUUUAUUUUAUUUUUUAUUAAAACCAUUUUUAAAUUCAUCCAUAAAAACAACAGUGAUCUUUCUGCCAUGACAACUGCCGAACAUAAUACAUACCUUGAUAAUCAAAAAUGAAUUGCUCAAAAAAGAAUUUAUAACCUUUAUCCAAUUCCGAUCGUCUUACAUCUCCCUGAAAACUAUCAACAAAACGGACAACAUCUGCUAUUCUUAUUUUUGGUAAGUUAAUUAAUGACUGGGAAAAAACGAGCUGUUCGCGGUCCAUUAUGGUAAUGAAUGACGAUCGUAGUGGGCGUCGGCGCGACCGGAAGAAACGCUUCCCUACUUCCGUUCUCGGCCGCCAUUUUGUGAAAUAGACCUAUUCCAGAUGAUUCCAGACCAGAAAUAACUUCUCAGAUUUUGAUUAAAGAUUACCACGGCAAACAUUUUUUGUGUGUGUGUGUGUGUACUUGUUCGGAUUAAUUUUUCACCACAAGAUUAUAACAUGCGCUACAAAAAUAAAAUUUCAUGUCGACUUUAAAAAUAAAAAUGUCUUACCAUAUUGUCAUUUUCAAUCCAUCUGAACCUGGUUCUCCUUGGAAUUAUUUCUGAGUCAUCUGUACCUUUUGUAAGGUCCUGCACACUUUGCCAUUAUUUAUCUUGCAAACACCUGCAUCAACAAAAAUACAUCUCCGAAUUUUUUUUUUAAAUAAUUUGUAACCGUCUGUCGUGAUAUUUAGUCAUGUGAUCCGUUCGCGCACAUCCGAAUCUUAGCUCUUGCCUAAUUAACAACACGACCUAUUGUUAGCAACAAACACUGCAAAGCAAAAAGAAAAUAAAAUAAAGAAAAAGCGUCAGUCACAACACUUAAACGAUGGCAUUUGCCAUUUAUUAUUUCAAGGACAAGAGCGUGGAAGUGGGUAAAAUUGACUGGAUGAGUACUGAAGACAAGCAAAAUUGUUCAAAAAUUAUAACACAAUGUCCCACACUCGAGGAUGAAGAUGAUGGAUGGAUGAGUGUGAAGUGGGAAAAAGGCAGAAAAAAGAAAAAUUGUCCAGCCCUUUUUCCUGCAAAGGUUUUAAUGUUCGGUGACAACUAUAGUGAUCUCUGCCAGAAAAGGGAACAGUUCAUUAAGGGUGAAGACAUCUGGAAACAAACACUGAGGAGGAAGACAAAGCCAAACAGUUGGUUGAUGGAGGAUGUAGAAGAAGAGGAGAAUGAACAGCCAAAAAAAAAGCAAAAGUGUAAAAACACAACAUGUACCCCAAAAGAGGCAGCAGACCAAAUGAUUGAAAACCUGAAGAAGGAGCUGAUGGCAAAGCAAACUUCUUUACAGUCAGCUAUCGAAAAUGAGUUCUCAUCAGAUGAGGACAUACUUGCCAGAAACUGGAGUAAGGUACAACAGCAAAUGAAGGAACUUAAAAGAGAGAACAGGAGGCUAAAAGAAGACAACAUUAAAGAGAUACUUGAUGCCAUGAGAGGUAAUUAUAUGAAUUAAAAAAUAAUAAAAAUCAGCCCUUUGAACGCAAACACACAACUUGACGUUGCAACUGUGUGUUUACAUUUUGUGCUCUACAGUCAUGGCUGACAGAGCAAAACUACAGAAAGUGUUGGCUCACUUUACUAAACUUAAUGAAAAUGCAGCUAAAAGCAAUACAUUUAAAAGGUAGUUGUGUGUAGGGUUAAACACCUGCAACCUCAUAAAAUAGUUACAAAUACCACAUUCUAUAAAUCUGAAGCAUUGCAGCAUGUUUGACUGCUAUAGCAAAGUGACUGCUGCAACUAACAGUGUUCCUUACCAGACGUAACUCAAAUUAAACCAUUUUAAUAUUAUACAAAGCACAAACAAGUGUGGUGAAUGGCAAUGAUUUAAUUAGUAUUUAUUUUGACGGCAAAUCCGUCAGUAUACAUCGGGGACCUUGCCGUGCUUGUCUAUGGAAGGGAAACCCUGUCUCAUUCAAGCUUGACAGGAAGACAGUCAGGGGCACACAAAGAUGUGGAAUCAAAGCCACAGCUUGAUAGCACAAAACUUGAUGCUAUAUUUGGUGAGUGUAUUUAAUUUAAGGGAAAUUUCAUUUUUAAAAUGAAAUAAAUUCCUACACAUUUCUCAUACAUUUCUACUUUUCAAAAUGAUGUUCGACGUUGGAGGUGACAGUGAUUGUGUUAAAUUACUGUCACCUCCAACAUGGAUCAAAAAGGAACAUUCCAAACAUUUUGUGAAAAGUUCUAAUCUAUAAAAGUUUCAUUUGGGAUCAUCAGUUUGGAUUUGUGAAUGUCACAAAAGAAAAAAAGAAAAUAAUCACACAAUGGAGGAAACAAAAGAACCAAGACCCCUUUGAUGAUGCCCCAAAAAUUAUCUUAUUUUAUGUAAAGUUAGACAUUUAAAGGUCAUU